UGGCUCCUUUGGGCGGCGAAUGUAGGAAGCUGGCGGAAUGGAGCUCUUGGCGGCUUAGGCCCUGUGGCGGGGGGGGGAAUCUCUAUCCGUCGGAUAUCUGCGCCAUCCUGCCCGCCCGCGGGUGCAUGUUGGAGCAGGUCUAUACUGAAACUUGAAUUCAGAGGUACUGUGUGACCCUGUUACUUUGCCACCAUGUUCCUGUACAACUUGACCUUGCAGCGAGCCACUGGUAUCAGCUUUGCCAUUCAUGGCAACUUCUCAGGGACCAAACAACAAGAGAUUGUUGUGUCUCGAGGGAAGAUUUUGGAGCUGCUCCGGCCUGACCCCAACACUGGGAAGGUGCACACGCUAUUGACUGUGGAAGUGUUUGGUGUUAUCAGAUCCCUCAUGGCCUUCAGGUUGACAGGUGGUACAAAAGAUUACAUUGUCGUUGGCAGUGACUCAGGCCGAAUUGUCAUCCUGGAGUAUCAGCCAUCCAAGAACAUGUUUGAGAAGAUCCAUCAGGAAACUUUUGGCAAGAGUGGGUGCCGCCGAAUUGUACCUGGACAAUUCUUAGCUGUUGAUCCCAAAGGCAGAGCUGUCAUGAUUAGUGCCAUUGAAAAGCAGAAAUUGGUUUACAUUCUUAACAGAGAUGCUGCUGCCCGGCUUACCAUUUCCUCCCCUUUGGAAGCCCACAAGGCCAAUACUUUGGUUUAUCAUGUGGUUGGAGUAGAUGUUGGAUUUGAAAAUCCCAUGUUUGCUUGUCUGGAGAUGGAUUAUGAGGAAGCAGACAAUGAUCCAACGGGAGAAGCGGCAGCCAAUACCCAGCAAACCCUCACUUUCUAUGAGUUAGAUCUAGGGCUAAACCACGUGGUGCGAAAAUACAGCGAGCCCUUGGAGGAGCACGGCAACUUCCUCAUCACAGUGCCUGGAGGCUCAGAUGGCCCAAGUGGUGUAUUGAUCUGCUCUGAAAACUAUAUCACCUAUAAGAACUUUGGUGAUCAACCUGAUAUCAGAUGUCCCAUUCCUAGGAGGCGGAAUGACUUGGAUGACCCUGAGAGAGGAAUGAUUUUUGUCUGCUCUGCCACCCAUAAGACCAAGUCUAUGUUCUUCUUUUUGGCACAAACUGAGCAAGGAGACAUUUUCAAAAUCACUUUGGAGACAGAUGAAGACAUGGUUACUGAGAUCCGACUGAAGUAUUUUGAUACUGUCCCUGUGGCUGCUGCUAUGUGCGUGCUCAAAACAGGCUUCCUCUUUGUGGCAUCCGAAUUUGGAAAUCAUUACCUGUAUCAAAUUGCUCAUCUUGGCGAUGAUGAUGAAGAGCCCGAGUUCUCCUCGGCCAUGCCCCUGGAAGAAGGAGAUACGUUCUUCUUCCAGCCCCGGCCUCUCAAGAACUUAGUGUUGGUGGAUGAGCUGGAUAGUCUCUCCCCUAUUCUCUUUUGUCAGAUUGCUGAUCUUGCCAAUGAAGACACCCCACAGCUGUAUGUAGCUUGUGGCAGGGGCCCACGAUCUUCUCUAAGGGUUUUAAGACAUGGACUAGAGGUGUCAGAAAUGGCUGUCUCUGAGCUGCCUGGUAACCCCAAUGCUGUCUGGACUGUCCGGCGUCACAUUGAAGAUGAAUUUGAUGCCUAUAUCAUCGUGUCUUUCGUGAAUGCCACCCUGGUACUUUCUAUUGGAGAGACUGUAGAAGAAGUGACAGAUUCUGGCUUCCUGGGUACCACUCCAACCUUGUCCUGUUCCUUGUUAGGAGAUGAUGCUUUGGUGCAGGUAUAUCCAGAUGGCAUCCGGCACAUCCGAGCAGAUAAGAGAGUAAAUGAGUGGAAGACCCCGGGAAAGAAAACUAUUGUGAAGUGUGCAGUAAACCAGCGGCAGGUGGUGAUCGCACUGACAGGAGGAGAGCUAGUCUACUUUGAGAUGGAUCCUUCAGGACAGCUGAAUGAGUACACUGAACGAAAGGAGAUGUCUGCAGACGUGGUAUGCAUGAGUUUGGCCAACGUGCCUCCUGGGGAGCAACGCUCUCGUUUCCUGGCUGUGGGGCUGGUAGACAACACUGUUCGAAUCAUCUCUUUGGACCCUUCGGACUGCCUCCAGCCACUGAGCAUGCAGGCCCUCCCAGCCCAACCAGAGUCGCUGUGUAUUGUUGAGAUGGGCGGGGCCGAGAAGCAAGAUGAGCUAGGGGAAAGGGGGUCCAUUGGCUUCCUCUAUCUAAACAUCGGGCUUCAGAAUGGUGUGCUGUUAAGGACUGUCCUAGACCCUGUCACUGGUGAUCUGUCUGACACCCGUACGAGAUACUUGGGCUCUCGCCCCGUGAAGCUUUUCCGAGUCCGGAUGCAGGGCCAGGAAGCGGUUUUGGCUAUGUCAAGUCGCUCGUGGCUGAGCUAUUCUUACCAGUCCCGCUUUCAUCUGACGCCUCUGUCCUAUGAGACCCUGGAAUUUGCAUCUGGGUUUGCAUCUGAGCAGUGUCCUGAGGGCAUUGUGGCCAUCUCCACCAACACUUUAAGGAUUUUGGCUUUGGAGAAGCUCGGUGCUGUCUUCAACCAGGUAGCAUUUCCCCUGCAGUACACUCCAAGGAAGUUUGUCAUCCACCCUGAGAGCAACAACCUUAUCAUCAUUGAGACCGAUCACAACGCCUAUACUGAGGCCACAAAAGCACAGAGGAAGCAGCAGAUGGCAGAGGAAAUGGUAGAAGCAGCAGGGGAAGAUGAGAGAGAGUUGGCAGCUGAGAUGGCUGCUGCCUUCCUGAAUGAAAAUCUCCCAGAAUCCAUCUUUGGAGCCCCCAAAGCAGGCAAUGGACAGUGGGCUUCUGUGGUCCGGGUAAUGAAUCCCAUACAAGGAAACACACUGGAUCUUGUCCAGCUGGAACAGAAUGAGGCUGCUUUUAGUGUGGCAGUAUGCCGAUUCUCAAAUACUGGUGAUGAUUGGUAUGUGCUGGUGGGUGUAGCCAAAGACCUCAUUCUGAAUCCCCGCUCGGUGGCUGGAGGCUUUGUCUAUACCUAUAAACUCGUGAACAGUGGAGAGAAACUGGAGUUUUUGCACAAGACACCAGUGGAAGAGGUCCCUGCAGCCAUUGCCCCAUUCCAGGGCAGGGUAUUGAUUGGUGUGGGGAAGCUGUUGCGUGUCUAUGACCUCGGGAAAAAGAAGUUGCUCCGAAAAUGUGAGAAUAAGCACAUUGCAAACUACAUCUCUGGCAUUCAGACAAUUGGACACCGGGUCAUCGUGUCUGAUGUCCAGGAGAGCUUCAUCUGGGUCAGGUACAAGCGCAAUGAAAACCAGCUCAUCAUCUUUGCUGACGACACCUAUCCCCGCUGGGUCACAACGGCCAGCCUCUUGGACUAUGAUACUGUGGCUGGGGCUGACAAGUUCGGCAACAUUUGUGUUGUGAGGCUCCCACCUAAUACCAAUGAUGAAGUGGAUGAAGACCCGACAGGAAACAAGGCCCUGUGGGACCGGGGACUUCUCAAUGGUGCCUCACAAAAGGCAGAAGUAAUCAUGAAUUAUCAUGUGGGGGAGACAGUACUUUCCUUACAGAAGACCACACUGAUCCCAGGAGGCUCAGAAUCUCUUGUCUACACUACCUUGUCAGGCGGGAUUGGGAUCCUUGUGCCUUUCACAUCCCAUGAGGAUCAUGACUUCUUCCAGCAUGUGGAGAUGCACCUGCGGUCUGAGCAUCCUCCUCUCUGCGGAAGGGACCACCUCAGCUUCCGUUCCUACUACUUCCCUGUGAAGAAUGUGAUUGAUGGGGACCUUUGUGAACAGUUCAACUCAAUGGAGCCCAACAAACAGAAAAAUGUAUCAGAAGAAUUGGACAGGACACCACCUGAGGUCUCAAAGAAGCUAGAAGACAUCCGUACCCGCUAUGCUUUCUGAGCCCAACAGUGGGCAUGUCAAAGACUGUGUUCUAAAGAGAGUUCUGAGGACAUACAGGUUGUUGUUUACCCCCUCUUCCCUCCUUUUUUUCUUUGUGAUCACUUUGCUUUGAUCCCAUGGGACAGGAGGAAGGGGCAGUUAUUAAGAUCUUGAAACAUUUAAACUGAGAGAUGAUUCCAUGCACUCUUUGCAGUGAUGCAUGGCCCUGGCCCAGCCUGGGAUGUCCCCUCUGUCCCAGGCAUAUUCCCUGCUUGAAUUGCUUUUCCCUCCCCACCACACCCUUCUUUUUUGUACACACCCCUCAUUUUUAACUGGUUUUCUUGUAAAUAUAGUUUUGUACAAUGUUGACCUUAGAAGGUGGUGAAUGGGGGCUGUUGGGGAGAGCUGAAAGUGGGACUGCUCAUAUAGUGCAAAUACCAUGAAUUGUACCACUCUGGAUCAGAAGAAAUACAAGCUCAUUCUUUUUACAAGUGCUCUCUUAUUUUCUUCCUUGUGGCUUAAGGCUAGAAUCUACAAGGGAGAUUUAUUUCACCCGUCAGCAAGAUCUAGGUGGCAAGAUUUGGAAAUAAUUGUUUUUUUUUCUUUUUUGGUACUUAAUUGGACUUUAGCGGUCUUUCCAAUUUUGUUCCCUUCUAGAUUUUUCCCUACUUUCCUGCCAUUCUUAUCUGACAUGGGCCACAAAUUACUUCGUAGCUCUCAGAUUCAGAAUACAAAUUGAGUGGAGGUUUAUGACAUAUAAUUAUCAUUGUAAGGCAGAUCGGGCAGGUAACACUUGACUUCUUCUAAUUGGCUUGAGUUCAAGUUACCUAGUAAGUUAGGUGGAUUUCUUGUCUUUCCAGCCUAAUUUCCUUCUUUAUUAUUUGGUGAAACAAAACCUGCUGCCUUGGCGCCAUAGAUAUUUUACAUUACUUCCAUCAGUGGGUUGCUUUUUGAGAAAACAGUGGCUGGCUCUCCUUGAAGGAGAUUUCUCACAAACACUCACUCCAAGGUGGUUUCAGAUCCCAGUGCUCACAAGGAAGCCAGUGCCAUUGGCUGUCAGGGUAGUGCCAAGUUCUGGAAGUCACAUUACUUCUUUCACCUUCCAGGCCAAGUCACAUAACUGACUUUGAACCAAAAAACAAAGGGGCCCCUGUUAAAAGGAACAUAAGCCUUCUCAAAACAAGAACCAGUCAUCAGCAGCCAUGCCGUUUCCAUUGGAUUCAAUAGUUUCCAGGUGUGAUGGGAAAUGGCCUUUAAGAAAUAGAUGUAGAAGGCGGCCUGUGGGGACUGGGAAUUUGCUGAUGGCCUUUUGGCGUCACCUCCAUUCUUUCAUGGCAGUAAGGAUUGGCACCAAAGUGCCAGCCUAAACACCCUGCCCCACCCACAUCAUCCAGUGUCCCUCAGCACUUCUCAGCCCAUGGCUUGGGACUUCAAGGAGAGAGUUCACUUUUUCUGAUUCAGUAAAAUGGUGAUGGUACCCACUCCGGCAUUGCCCUCCAAGGCAUACAAUAUUAUGUGGCUGCUGCCCAGACCUCUGCUGACAGGCUGUCUUGAUUGCGGGAUUAAGUGAGUCUGCCGCAGCUUCACAUCUCAAAAGAACCAGUGUUGUUAUUGCCUUGUGUUUUAACCUACCUUCCGCCUUCCAUCCUCCUUAGUCUGUGAUUUCUCCUGAUGACCAACAGUAUUUAUACGUAGGAAGGAAAGCAGAGACGAAUUUUCUUUCUCUAGCUUCCUUGUUACCCACCUCUGUUUGAGCUUGGAUACUGGAGCACUUCUGUCUCUCCAACCUCUUUCCUAACUAAAGAUUUGACCCCAAGUCCUCAUUUCAUUUUUCCCACUGUCAGCGGGGGCAUUCCCCCUUAUUUGUUUAUUAGUUACGUAGGAAGGGAGAGAACACAUUGCCUCUGUGUUGACCUAAGGAGCUUGAAGUACCACCCCAUCAUUUCCCUUCCUCUCCUUGGGGAGACCAUUUCCUCGCUUGAGAAUUUAGUUUGUAUGAAUUAUUUUAAGUUGAUGACUUCAGCCUAAAGCAUAAACAGUGCUACAUCAGUCUGCACUGCUGCCAUCACUAGAAACAGGAUAGCUGUCUGGGAAAAUUGAAAUAAGGUCUGAAGGCUAAAGGGAUCCUGCUUCAGCAAUGCCAUUCCUUCACCCGAGGCCAUUUCGGGUUUGUAGAAGGUAGCAUCUUUGCCACAGGUGCAAGGCCAACUACACAUCCAUUCAUUCAUUCAUUCAUAAGACUAUAGAUUGUAGAUCUGUUUUCAACUCGUGCUAACAGCUGUUGGGAAUUUUUCUAUAUGAAUAUUCCAGCUAGCUCAGUGGAUUUGGUUGAGGGAACAGUUGUCCAGCAGCCAAAGCAGGAGUUGUGAUUCAGCCCCAAAUCUUUCCAUUACUCAUGCAUCCUGUCCUCUUAAAGGAAGUUCUGGAUAGUGCUAAGGGUCUUGUCCCUGUUCCAUGUGGGACUGACUCAGCGAAAGCAAGCAAUUUAAUGGUCUCCCAGUGAUAUCAGGAAACCGAAGCUUUCUUAUCCCGGUAUCUGAAAAUAUUCUCCUCUCUGUUUGCCCUGUUCUGUUCCUCCAGUACAUCAGUCAUCUAAGUACACCAAGAGAGGAUCAAAAUCAGUCUCUUGCGGUUUUUCCUCAGAGCUGUGGUUCUGCAGAUAGUUUCUUUUUGACGUUCUUCCAAAAGAAGCAUUCCUCCACAAGUUGAGAUUCAAGUUGGAACUGUGGCUGCCCCAUUGUUUACCCUAAGUUUGGGUUGAUGUCGGAGAAGCUGCCACCAGAGGUGCAGAGCUCAUGUUCUUGACCCUAGAGGGCAGAGCCUGGGACAGUGGGCAAGGUGAAACAAUCACUUGAAGAGGACAUUCUUGGUCCUUUGCUGCUGGGACUAGAUGACCUCAGAGGUCCACUCCAACUCACUCUCUGGCCCUUCUAUUUCUGGGGUUAUUGGAUUCACAUGACAUCAUUAAAGGAUGGAGCCUUUGGGGAUCUGCUAUGUGACAGCUGAGCUAUAUCCAAACCUGAACAACUUGAGGGCUUGCCUGGUGUUAAGAUCUUAAAUAAGGAUGAGAAGGAAGAUUAGGACCUGUCAGAAGGGACGUAACGUGGCCUGGCUCCGGAUUUGCAGGUGGGAGGUGGUGUGCCGGCCAGUAAUAGGUCCGAGGCUACCUCAUUCGCCAAGCAAAGUCCUAAGCAUAGCCAAAGCUAAACCCAUCUGGGCCCUCCUUCAUCUGCCCAUGCCUGCCAGGCAGACUUGAACCGUAACAUGCUUACAGGUUACGCUGGAUCUACACUUGUCUGGUGGGAGAAGUCUCCAUUUGUAUCGUGAGGUAUGUACUGAGUGAAAUCUGAUCUCCAUGGUUCUCACCUUUAACCAUCAGCUCCACCUUGGAAACAAACCAGUCAGCCCAGCUGCACGUUGGCGGAGUGCCCAGGACCUGGUAGAGAGUUGUGUUCUCAAACUGUCUCAUCAGAUAAUGCCUCUAUAGUCAGAAAACAAGAGAGGAGCUGCCUAGACCCUGGCAGAAAAACCAUGGGAGCAAGUGGAAAGUGAGGAGCAAGCAGAGACAGGUGGGCCUGCAGGGGUGUAAGGUGUUCACAGACUUGGGGGGGUGCAGAUCUGGAGAAGGGUGUGGUGGGGAGUGGGUGAGCCUGUCGGCCAGAGACCGACUGUGGUUAGAUGAGAAAAGCAGCCGUGUCAACAAUGCAGAGAUUGUGAUUUGAGGACCAUGGUGGCUGGGAAAGGCCUUUAAGUGACCACAGAAAGGGACUUUUCUCUUGGCCUCACAGGCACUGCUCCUAAUAAACUGGAACCCUGCACUUCUCAGCUACUGCCUAGCCAGGUAAGCUUCCAGGUCACACUCCCAAUCCAUCUGUUAGCCUGAAGCUCUUCCUUUUUCAUUUGCACAGUGCACUGGCCCUCAAAUGUUCUCAUUUCCACUGUCAGAACUGUUGAGGAGUCAUUUGCCAGAUCGUGGUGAUUUAAAAAAAACAUACAAACAAACAACUUUCUGCUUGAAUGAGCCCUUGCCAGUGACAAGAAGAAAGAAGCAAGAACACCUGAUAAUCUGUGAUACUCUGCCUCAGCCAUGAGCAGUCUCCUCUACGCAUUAUCUAUUGUCAGGGACUCGAUUUGGGACUUCAGUUACUUUGACUUCCUGUUAGUGAUCUUGUCAUUCACAAUGUUGUCGUGUGUAUUCCCUUCAUUCUUCCAUCAUUUUGCAGUCAGUUCAGACAAAUGUUUUUCUGAAUUGUCAUUUCUCACCGCACGAUAAUCCAUUCAUACACUCUAGUUUUUCCACCAUUCGCCAAUCGAUGGUUAUCCACUUUUGUGGCAACAGAGAUCUGGAAACAGGCUGCUAUGAAUAUUUUGGCAUUUAUUGGAUUCUUGUUUCUGUCUUUCACUUCUGUUGUAUCAAGGGAUAUGGACAAUUUAGUUUGCUGUAAUUCUGUAUCAAUAUCCAGCCUAGAUGGACCAUUUCACAGUUCAUGCAUUGGCAUUGUUUGUGAUGAGACCUUAUUGGGGCCAAUCAAAGUUAAUGAUUUAUUCUUUGAAUAAAAGCUUAGAUGUUUUCAUCUCA